UCUAGUUGGUGCCAGCGUGCUAGCUUCCCAGGACAACUAUCUGUGCACACAUACUCUGAGAGAGCUCCAGCAACAGUCAUGGCAACAACAACAGCAAACAUUCCGACAACUUUAUCAACCACGAUGGAAGUGACGACGGACGUGGCAUCGACGGUCGUCAUGGAGGUGGUGACGACGGUCAUGGACAAUCUGACUGGCAUGAAUGUAACCACCAUGGAACCAGAUACGUCUUGUAUAAGUCGCACACCGACCUGGGUUAUUGUUAUUGGUACAAUCGUGUUCUUUAUUGUAUGGCCGUUUGUUGUCCUGGAUAUGAAGUGGUUCCCCCUCGGCAGACCGGCAGCUGCUCUGGUAGGUGCUUGUCUGAUGGUUAUCUUCCAAAUUGUCGGGCAAUUUGAGGUGUACGAGAUUGAAGGAGCUAUGGGGAACUUGCAAGCUAUCUAUCUCUUGAUCGGAAUGAUGUUGAUCUCUUACUACUUUGACAGAGAAGGUAUUCUACGAAUGGUUGCUCUAUUUAUCCUCGGAGGGCAAGGCAAAGACACCAAGUUUUCAUUGAUUCUCUGGAAAGUGUGUGCUCUGUCUGCUGUUCUUGCUGCGUUCAUCACCAACGACGCCACGGCUCUUGUUCUCACUCCCCUGCUCUUGAAAGAGUUUAUUCAACAGGGAAGAAGUCGCAAGGAGAUCCUGCCGCUCUGUCUUGGAAUUGCCACUUCUGCCAACAUUGGUAGUGCAUCGACAGUCUUUGGAAACCCACAGAAUGCCUUCAUUGCCUCUGCAUCCGAAUAUGUGUCCUUGGUCGAUUUCUUCAUUGCACUGCUUCCAUCUGCCAUUAUCGGUCUGGCUGUAAGUGUUGGCCUACUUUAUCUUAUAUUUUUCCGCACCAUUUUCUUGAAUAAGGGUAAGGAAGACGAGGAAGCUCCAGCUGAGGUCAACGAGCUGCGACCCUAUGCUGGCACCAUUGACCAGGAGAGAGAAGACAGAGCUCUUAGCUAUGAUCAAAGUGCAGACCCCUACCACACCAGCAGGAUUGCAACCGAGAGGGAGAUGAUGUACAGUAAUGAGAAUCUUUCUGGCAUCCCCAAAAGCCGUAGCCGACAGAGCCUUCGUCGUGGUGGUUCCCUCAAGCCGUCUGCCAGCAACCCAGCUAUUCAAGGUGGUGUCCCUGAGAUCAAGGUAGAAGGAGAGAUGGUUGAGAAUGGAAAGGCGGCUCAAGAUGACAAAGCCUUGGACGUUAUCGAGGAUGAUGAUGUUGUACAGAUAAAAAGCCUCAAGGAUCGCACAUGGCGCGAGCUGGUCUUCUUGGCAUGGUUGCUUAUCGCAUGUCUCACCAUGGUAGUUCUUCUUGCUGUCCCACCACCCCCUACCACCAACGUCAUAUUCAAUCUGGGUCUCAUCCCACUAGGCACUGGUAUCAUGACCAUGCUUGUCGACACCAUCCUCAACCGUAAGUACGCCUUCGAUGCCAUGCAGAGAGUGGAUUGGACCGUCGUGCUCAUGUUCAUGGGUCUCUUCACUUGGUUGGGAGGUUUCCGAAACACCUGCAUCCCUGAGCUGCUCAUCGAUAGUUUGGCUCCCUUCAUGAACCUCAACACAGUUGGCGGUGUGCUACUCUUCACAGUUAUUGUUGCUCUUGGUUCAAAUAUUUUCUCCAACGUCCCUCUAACUAUCUUGAUUGUGGGUCGCAUCAACGAGUUCUGCGGCAAAGAUCCCUGCAACUCACCUCUCCCGGGUCUUCUCUUAGCUUGGGCGGCCACCAUUGCUGGAAACUUCACUCUGAUCGGAAGCAUAUGCAAUUUGAUUGUGGCUGAGAAGGCUAGGAGUGUUGCUGAUUAUCAAAUCACCUUCCUGCGUUACAUCCAAUUCGGAUUCGUUUCGACAAUUUGCGUGAUGUUUGGCGUUCUCCCAGUUGUGUAUUUCCUAGCUAGGGUGGCAUAAAACAGUGAACAAGACUUAGGAACAAGUAUAGUAUAAUUAGUAUUAAUCGAACAUUGAAUAUAGAGACAAUAUAACUAAUCAGUACUCUUUACUCUGUCGUCAGGCUUUAUUAUUAUACUGUAUGAUUGUUUCUGUUUGUUUGCAUGUAUAGUUCUAUGAAUGUUUAUGAGUUUAAAAA